UCCCUGAAUGCCCGCAGCAUUCUUAAAGAGGCCAACCCUACAACCCAAUCUCAAUUCACCGCUCAUUUACGAUCCAAAACGCUUAAUAUAGACAUACUCGCACUACAGGAAGUAUCACACACAUGUUCCAUCUCUUUAACCGACCAUGACUUACAAAAACUUUCUCGUAUAUUUCCCCGUUCUUCCUCUUGCUUUACCAAACACUGUGGGCUCGUUUGCCUCAACCCCUCUUACUUUCUUUCUAAUACCUAUGUGACCCCCGAUCAACGUUGUAUUGUCUCCGAUAUU